GUAAUUGAAACCAACCCUAAGCUCUUUUUAUCUCCGCUCUAAAGAUAGCCCCGAUUAUUGCUAACUUAAGUAUCGGAGUGUCUACCCCGAGUUCCACCUCGGGGCUUUGCAGGUCUUCCCGGAGUGCAAGCGCGGACUGAAGAAGGACUUCUGGUUUGGUGCAAUUACAUUGGCGCCGUCUGUGGGAAACGAACUGAAAGCUUGUUAGUUGCUCUUUCAUCAUGGUUCACACUCGAUCGAUCCCAGCUGGUAAUUCAUCUUUGCCUCAUGGGCAAGGUCAACCCUCCACCAACCUUCCACCUCUAAUCCCACCUCAAAUCCCAACUCCACUUCCACCUCAAGUCCUAAUUGUGUUCCCUCCUGUUGAUCAUGCAGAAGGAGGAGAUGAAAACCAACUUCAUGCCUCAGCUCACAAUUCAACUUCUACUGCCAACCAAGACGUAGUGACAGCUCAGCUUGCUGCCAUGCAGCAACAGUUCGGUGUUUUUCAGUUAAAUCCUCAACCGGUUCAACCUGCUCUCGCUAUUAGCGAAUCUCAGGGUCAAUCCCAUAUAGCACCUACUCAACAACCCAUCCCUGAUGAUGUUACUCGCCGCCUCGAUAGCUUGGAAAAGUUAGUAGCUGAACACCGAGGUGCUCCACCACUACACCAUGCUGCUGAUUCUAUACCUCACCCUCUGAAUACCAACAUUACACUGGAACCCUAUCCUGCUGGCUUCAAAAUACCACAACUGGAGACUUAUGAUGGGACGAAGGAUCCCGAUGAUCAUUUGCAUGCUUUCUACUCUUGCAUGCAAGCUCAGAACGCCUCUGACGCUUUACCUCCGAGGUCAAUUAGCUCUUAUACAGAAAUGGCAUUUGCCUUUCCCACUAAGUUUUCCAGUAGAAGGUUGAUUAGGAAAACUACUUCUGAGCUGAUGCGAGUUAAACAGAGGGAUGGAGAAUCUCUGAAGAACUAUAUGAGCAGGUUCAAUGAUGCAGUUUUAGAGGUUAGUUCCUUUGAUCAAGCUGUGAGAAUUGUAGCUGUGAUCUUCGGUCUCAAGCAUGACAGGUUUAGAGACAGUUUGAUCAAACAUGCUGCCACCACCUUUAGCGAGGUGAAUGAUAGGAAAAGGAUGAGGAUGGUGCAGAACCGAGGUCCGAUGUUGACCUCCCCAACGAGAGUCAGAAAGCCGAACUCAACACCCCUGCAACAAUCUGCAGGUAAACCUCCAGUUAAUUGGACUCCCUUUAAUCUGCCGAGGUCACAGAUUUUUAUGCAUAUUAAGAACAAAAUGGACUUGAGACGUCCUGGCCCAAUGCGAACUGCUGCUGCUAGUCGAGACCAUACCAGAUAUUGUGAUUUUCACCAAGAUCACGGCCAUACUAUAAAGCAGUGUAACAGUUUAAGGUCCGAACUGGAAAGUUUAGCUCAGAAAGGAAUGCUGAAUGAGUAUGUUCAAAGAGCUGAACAACCGAGGUUUGUUAGAGAACAGAGGCCGCAACCUCAAGGAGUCCGCAAUCCCCCAAAUAGACAACGUGUGGGAUAUCAGCAAGCCCCACCUCUGCUCCCACCACCAGCUAGAAUCAUACACAUGAUUACGGGAGGCCUUGAAGCAGGUGGGCUGAGCUCUAAACAGCGAAAGCUGUAUGUCAGAGAGGUUAAGCAUCAGAACCGAGCUCAGAAGCGGAAAAUUGAUGAUGCUGAGUGGAAAACUCAACCCAUUACUUUCACAUCUGCUAAUCUUGAUACAGUUGUUACACCCCACAAUGAUCCCUUGGUCACUUCUGUUAUAAUUAACAACUGUGAAGUACAGCGUGUCCUUGUUGAUAUCGGAAGUGCACCAGAUAUCAUGUACUUCCAUUGUUUUGAGAGUCUUGGGCUGGAUCCAGCGUUGUUGCAGAAAUAUGAUGGUCCUAUUUAUGGCUUCAACAACCAACCUGUUCCGGUGGAAGGAGUUCUUACCCUCCAUGUGGCUUUUGGGAGUGGCCGAACCUAUGUAACCCCUUCAGUCCGGUUUCUCGUAGUCAAAAUGGCGUCUUUUUUCAACAUUGUUAUUGGCCGACCCACACUGACUGAAAUCCAAGCUGUGGUUUCCCAGUCUCACCUCUGUAUGAAGUUCCCAACUCCUAUGGGAAUAGCAACACUACAAGGAAACCAGGAGGUGGCCAGACAUCGUUAUAUCACCUCAGUAACACAACCAACGAAGGGCAAAGAUCAGACACCCGAGGCCAUUUCCCAGCGAAUUCUUGAUAAUCAGCAAGCUAUUAAAGAGGAGGUAGAGAAACUUCUACAAGCUGGUUUCGUCAGGAAAGUUGAUUACUGCGAAUGGGUGGCUAAUCCAGUCCUGGUGAAGAAGGCAAAUGGCAAUGAGAGGUUAAGCCUCUUGGAUGCGUAUUCUGGGUAUCACCAGGUGCCGAUGGCUCCUGAAGAUGAAGAGAAAACCUCGUUUUAUGCUGGCGAUGAAAUUUAUUGCUAUGUCAUGAUGCCGUUUGGCUUAAAGAACGCUGGUGCUACUUAUCAGAAAAUGGUGACCAUUGUUUUCCGAGCUCAGAUUGGCAAAAAUCUGGAGGUGUAUGUCGAUGACAUCGUAGUAAAGAGCCGGAAAGCAGAAGACCAUCUAGCCGAUCUCGAUGAAACCUUCAACAACCUCAGAAAGAACAGGAUGCGGUUGAACCUAGCCAAAUGUAUUUUCGGUGUGGAGUCUGGAAAGUUUCUGGGUUUCAUGGUGUCCCGAAGAGGGAUUGAGGUUAAUCCAGAAAAAAUCAGAGUAAUUGCCGAGAUGGAACCACCGAAAUCAGUAAAAGAUAUACAGAGGUUGACUGGAAGAGUGGCAGCUCUUUAUCGAUUCAUAUCGAAGUUAGCAGAUAAGUGCCUGCCAUUCUUCAAGAUUAUGAGGUCGGCCACCCAGAAGGAUGAAUCAGGAAAACAGAAGAAAUUUGAAUGGAGUCAAGAGUGCCAGACUGCAUUCGACGAGCUGAAGUCUUAUCUUAGCUCGCCACCUCUACUGACUAAGGCCAUCGAUGGGGAAAUUCUUUAUUUGUAUCUGGGGAUUUCAGAUGAAGCGAUUAGUUCAGUUCUGGUGAGAGAAGAAGCCAAGCAGCAGAAACCAAUCUAUUACAUCAGCAGUGUGCUACACGGAGCAGAGCUAAGGUACCCUAUAGCUGAGAAAGCAGCAUUAGCAGUUGUCACUUCGGCCAGGAAGUUGAGGCCAUAUUUCCAGUCACACCCAAUUAUUGUUCUCAAAGAUCAACCUCUCAGGCAGAUUUUGCAGAAACCUGAGUGCUCUGGAAGAUUAAUUAAGUGGGCAGUAGAACUGGGAGAGUUUCAGAUAACGUUUCAGCAGAGAUCGGCCAUCCAAGCAUUAGCAGAUUUCAUUGUCGAAUGUACUCCAUGUCCUUCAACCUCUAAUCCAGAGCCCAACGAUUGGACCUUAUAUGUUGAUGGAGCAUCUAGUAGCAAGGGUUCAGGGGCUGGCGCUCUCUUGAUUGGUCCAGAGGGAUACCGAAGUGAACAUGCCUUGAAGUCUAACUUUGAUGCGACAAAUAACAUGGCUGAGUAUGAAGCUCUACUACUUGUUGUUGAUCCUGUGAUGGUAAAGUAUGUAGCCUUGGUGGCCGAGCUAAAGUGCAAAUUCCAGAAAUUCUGUCUGAGUAAAAUCCCCCGAGCUGAGAAUGAACAGGCAAAUUCACUCUCCAAGUUUGCCUCUGAUAGCUCUUUAAGUUCUAGAUCCGUUUUUGUAGAGAUCUUAGAUGAACCAAGCUUCAUGAAGCCUCGGGUGAUGGAGAUUAGCACAAACCCAGACACGCCGAGCUGGACUGAUUCAAUCGUCUCCUUUUUGCGAGAUGGGAUAGUACCUGAAGACAGGCAGGAGGCAAUGAAGUUGAGAAAGAAAGCAUCUCGGUAUACCCUUGUUGAUGGGGUCCUAUAUAAGAGAUCUUUCUCACUUCCUCUUCUACGAUGUUUAAACCCCUAUGAAGCUGAAUAUGCACUUCGAGAGGUGCAUGAAGGUGUCUGUGGGAGCCAUGUCGGUGCUAGGACUCUAGCUCACAAAGUCUUAAGGCAAGGAUAUUACUGGCCAAACAUGCAUAAAGAUGCCACUUACUUUGUUCAGAAAUGCCCGAAAUGUCAAUUCUUCGCACAUCUAACUCACCAACCAACAGAAGAACUCACGAACAUGGUAGCACCGUGGCCAUUUGCUCAGUGGGGAUUGGAUCUUUUAGGCCCAUUCGUGAAAGGGGUUGGUGGUGUAACCCAUUUGGUUGUUGGUGUGGAUUAUUUCACAAAGUGGGUAGAAGCUCGGCCUUUAUCUAGUCUUACCUUUAAGAAGGUCGAAGACUUUGUUUUCAACUCGAUCAUCUGCAGAUAUGGGAUCCCGAAUCAGAUUGUGGCCGAUAAUGGAACCCAAUUCAGUUGCUCUUCAUUCCGAGAUUUCUGUUCCAGUUAUGGGAUCAAGUUACAGUUCACCUCCGUUUACCAUCCUAAGUCCAAUGGCAUGGUUGAAUCUGUUAACAAAUGCAUUUUAGAAGGUAUAAAGCCGAGAUUGGAACAGCAUAAGGCCAAGUGGGUAGACGAGCUCAACAAUGUCCUCUGGGCAUACAGAACCACGAGCCGAACUGCCACAGGUGAAACACCCUACCACUUGGCCUUUGGUACCGAAGCAGUCAUUCUUGUUGAGAUAGGAGUCCCAAGCCUCCGGGUUACCCAUUUCGAUGAAGGACGAAAUGGACAACUGUUUCGGGAAAACCUUGAUCUGCUUGCUGAAGUCAGAGAAGAAGCUCGACUUUGAACUCUUGUAUACAAGCAGAAACUAGCCAACUUCUACAAUAAACGAGUCUGCCCUCG